AUGGCCGGGGCAGCUUCGUCGGUAGCGCCAGUUCUCGUCAUCUGCUUGCUGUCUCUUGUUCUCUUCUUCCACAGGUGCCGGAGCUGUGAAGCUGUGGAGAUAGAGAGGACGUUGGCGAUGAUCAAGCCGGAUGGUUUGUCUGGUAACUACACCGAAAAAAUCAAGGAGGCCAUCUUGGAGUCUGGAUUUGAUAUCAUAGAAGAGGCAGUUGUCCAGCUGGAUGUAGAGAGGGCAUCACUCUUCUACGCUGAGCAUGCCGAUAAAAGCUUCUUCAACAGCCUAGUGAAGUACAUGACGAGUGGUCCAGUUUGUGCUAUGAUUCUGGAAAGCCCCGAUGCCAUUUCACGCUGGCGAAAUUUGAUAGGGCCAACUGAUGCAAGAAAGGCUAAAACUUCACACCCUGACAGCAUUAGAGCAAUGUGCGGCUUGGACUCUGAGAAAAAUUGUGUGCAUGGUUCAGAUUCACCGCAAUCUGCAGCUAGAGAGAUUUCGUUUUUCUUCGGAGAUGAUAAAUCUGAAGCGCUGGAACAUGACGAGCUGUAG